AUGCUCAACUACGACGACAGCGAUGCCACGCUCUGUGGUUUCUACGGCAUCCGGACCUUGGAUCCACGUACUUCUGCCGACUUGCAGUCCAGGGGAUUGGUCAAUGAUGAUGACGUAGACUUGGUUUCGCCAGAAAUUAAUUUUAAACGUUUGACUGAUAUCGUCAACGACAACACAGGCCACGUUAGUAACGUUGAAUACGCUUUCGGCUCGGAAGACGUCGAGGAUCCGUUCAGAGGACGAGGAACCAAUGUCGUGGAGGAGUUGUUGAGGCGACAUAUCGUGGAACUGCCCGAUGAUCCCAUGGUGAAAAAGUUCUUGAUGUCAUCCCAAAAGUUCGAUUCCCAAGUUUUCUUAACUACUGUCCACAGUGACUCGUCAGUGGAACAGCUCAUGCAACUGCUCCAGUUUCUCGAGCGCGAUAUCCAGAACCAAACCGCUCAGCUUCGUCAGGUAAUUGACGAGAACUACAUCAAGUUUGUGGACUGUAAGCGUACCAUUGACGAUAUUUUGUUCGAGUUCAAGUCGUCCAAGACUUACGCCCAGCAAGAGCGUGACUCGUCCAAGGUGUACAAUCCUCUGAGACAGCGCAAAUUGCAGCAAAGUGAGUCGCUUGCUGCCGAGUUGGAGGAGUCUUUACAGAACAUAAAUAUCGCAUCCAACCUCAUGAUCGGACCCAUAAUAGAAAGCAAAAACAAGGAGUCCAAGCUCAACAAGGUGAUCGAGUUCAUUCGAACCCAUAGCUUUUUUUUCGAUCUUCCUAGUAACCUUAUACGAUACCUUGCUGAACACAAUCAUGAUCAAUUCAUCGAUGAUUACCAACGAUUCUUAAAAGAAAAAGAAGAGUACUUGGCAGCCCAGAACUACAAGCACAAAUCGGCCAUUUCCCGACCCGAUGGUGAAUACAAAGACGAAUAUCAGAAAAGCCAGGCUAUUAUUAACACCAUUUUGCUGCGUGUGUUCGCUGAAAUCGACAAUAUUGUCAACGAAUUCCGCAAAAAAGCAUACAAGGAUUUGCUUUCCAUGGACUACGAGGUCUCUACCUCGAAAUACAGGAGCAAGAACGCAAGCAACGCAAAGUUUAUGACGUUGGUUGACAAGAUUCAGCUCUUGGAUAGCACGCCUUCAACGUCGCCCAUUUCUGAGUUCCUCCAUACUCAACUAGACAACUUGUCGAGAGAUUUCACCUACCAAUCAACCAAAUUCGAAUCCAAAUUUAACGGCAUGCAAUCAAAACUUGGCCAUUAUAUGUCUUCUUUGCCGAGGUGCCGAGAUGGUGGGUCCCAAAUUCGGUUCAUAGCCGACAAGUAUACCAGUGUAGAAGCCUACCUUCGUGCCAGCUCGAAUUCAGCAUCGCUCACAGAUAACGAAAAGGACAAAAUAAUUCUUGAAGUAUUCGAAUCGUCGGACAAUCUUGACCUCUCCAUUGUCAGUGAAACCUGGCUCGUUUUGGUCAAUUUUAUGUCUUACAUUGACGAUUUCUUGUCUCGGAACGUAUCCAAGUUUGUUACAAACUAUGCUCAUUACCAUAAAGAAUUAGCAAGCCAAGACCACAAUCAGGAAUUAUGGAAAUUGUUCUCCCAGAUAAUAUUGGAUAUCACCAGCAACCUUUUAGCACUAUUCAAGGAUGAUGCCGCAGGAAACCAACUUGAGUCGGCCCCGGAAAGCUACUCUUUAUUCUUACCGCACCAUACAAACUCACUUUCAGCACUUCAUUAUCUCAGCAUUUUGUCUUCCAAAUUGGAUGAGAUUUUCACUCGCAUGGGAGCACAAGUUGCUACAGUUGGAAAUGUUUCCAAGAAUGUCGAUACCAACAAACUCAUCAAGUCACUACGCAGCUCAUCAGCUUCAAUCACCCAGAAAUUGGUGGAAGCAGUUUGCUCGGUUUGGAUUAAUGAUUGUUCCCAGUUUUACGACCUUGAAGAAUGGCAAGAAGUACACCCUAAAAACGAAGGUGGACGAAAUGGAAUGGACUCCACUUAUACUAGAACCAUGAAUAUCCUCGAGGGCUAUGAAGUUUUCGUUCUCAACAAGCUUGCCAAGUUGGUCUUUUCUACUUCACAAGAAGAUAAAGUUCGAAUUGUGGCAGCACAUCCAAGUAAACGAAUUCUUAUGAGUAUCGAGAUUCAGUUCAUGCGAAGCUUGAAAAAUCUAGUGGACUCGAUAAUGAAACGGUACACUAUUGAAAAGUCGUCUGAACAAAACACACGAAUGAAAGAAUUGGGUUUGUACAAGAUCCUUACGAUGAACAAUUAUGAUAAAGUGUCGAGGUUAAUUUACCCCAGAUUGAUACUGGUUUUCGACAAGUUGUUUGACAGAGAUCUCCUGCAACAAAACUUGAAGUUGUACGUUGAUAUUGACAAAGCUGGGCUUACAAUAUUGGAUGACUUUUUGAAUGAGGAGAAACAUUGGAUUGAGUCCAAGGUGAACAAGCACUUCCAAAAGAUAAUGACGUUUCUGCCCACUAGCAACUCGUUGAGGGUGGACAGUUUUAUUUACGAAGUAUUGGUUCAUUUGGUGAAAUUGGUGCAUUUUGUAAAACCCAUAACUGCGCCAGACGUAUUUGUGAGCAUUAUGAAUGAACUCCAAACCAGUUUUCUCAAAAUGCUCCUAGAGUGCUUGAGGGCCCAUUCGCAUAUCGACAACUUACAGGGGUAUAUUGGCAACUUUAAGAUGGAUGUGAACUUUUUCGUGGAGGUUUUCGAGGGUAGUAACUAUCUUCGGUUGAACGAUAUAUCGAUGAGCACCGUUGAAAUUACUCUUCAAAUGCUCAAUGAAAUCGAAAGAGAAACAACCUACAGCGACAGGCAGUUUGACGACAUCUUGAUGAAGAACCUCAAGGACUCCGAGUACGAAUUUGACUGCUUCUUGUGA